AAAAGGAACCCGGCUCCUCUCCUGAUUCUCAGUUCUACCGCUACAACUCCACAGCUGACGAUGGCGUGCCGCUCCCUGCAGUCUGCCUUCCUCUUGGCUCUGUUGGUGGUCCCGUGGUCGGGGUCUCAGGGGGCCGCUCCCCCUCAGCACCUGUGCGGCUCUCACCUGGUGGAUGCGCUGUACCUCGUGUGUGGGGAGAGGGGCUUCUUCUACAACCCGGGCCGUGGAGCCAGAGACGUGGACUCGCUCCUCGGUCUGCUCCCUCCAAAGGCCGCGGGGGAGGGCGAGGUGCCAGAGUUCGCGUACAAAGACGAGAUGGAGAUGAUGGCGAAACGUGGGAUCGUGGAGCAGUGCUGUCAUAAACCCUGUAACAUCUUUGACCUCCAGAACUACUGCAACUGACCGCUCCCCCAAACCACUGACCACUCCCCCAAACCACUGACCGCCACCCCAAACAACUGACCACUCCUCCAAACAGCUGACCGCUCCUCCAGACAGCUCCUC